GCAUAUAUAGGUGCGUAUUCAUCCACACCGCCUCCCCCUCCCCCUCCCCGCAUCCAAUUCCCUCACUCCACCGCCGCUCCUUCUCGGCCCUUCCCCGCCUCCUCGCAUUGCAGGGAGGAGGAGACUCAAUCAAGAUGCCGACCAUCAUCAUCAAGGUGGACCUGGAUUGCGCCCGCUGCCACCGCAAGAUCGAGAGGGUGCUCGACAGGAUCAGAGAGAAGGGCGAGUUCGUCAUCGACGACAUCGAGUACGAUGAGAAGAACAACAAGGUGAUCGUGAAGGGCCCCUUCGACGCGGACAAGCUCUCCGACAAGCUCUGCUGCAAGGCCUGCAAGAUCAUCAAGGAGAUCGAGAUCGUCGAGCCGCCGCCGCCGCCGCCGCCGGAGGAGCCCAAGAAAGAGGCGCCCGCGCCCCCGCCGCCGGAGCCGGAGGUCGUGGUGCCGCCGCCGCCAGCGGUCGUCGAGGAGCCCAAGUGCCCCGAGCCGGCACCGGAGCCGCCCAAGGAGGAGCCGCCAAAGGAGGAGCCGCCGAAGGAGGAGCCUGCGCCCCCGCCCAAGAAGGAGGAGCCCGCGCCCCCGCCGCCCAAGGUCGUGGAGAUACCGUACCCGUGGCCGUACCCCUACCCGUACCCGGCGUGGCCAUCGGACUGCUGCUGCCACCACGGCCACGGCGGCUGCCACUGCUGCUCCUGCAAGCAAGAGCCCGCGCCGGCGCCGGCGCCCGAGCCGCCCCAGUUCAACAUCUACCCGCAGUACCCGCCGUACCCGCAGCAGCCGGCGUACCCGUGCGGCGGCUACAAGAUCGUCUGCGAGGAGGACCCCUCCUACGCCUGCGCCAUCAUGUGAUCGAUCAAUUAGUACGUCGUACAGUACUCCGUCCCCGUUCCCACCACCUCCGUCGCGUUGCUACGCUGCCGCCAUUAAUUCGGCCGUCCCGUAUAAGCACCGUACAGAUACGAUGAUAAGCUCUUCGCGUACAUAUACACGCGC